AUGGCAUUAUUAGAAAAAAUAUUUUCUAUUAAAAGGAAAGUUGAUUAUGAUUAUUGGGACUCACGAAGCUGGGACAGUAGGUCUUGCGAAAUAGCUUUGGAGCAAGUGCGGUUGCUUCUGUACAAAGAGUGUGAUCGUAGAGGCAGAAAAGUUCUGUUUGAUUCAUCAACAAUUGAACGAGUGCCAGCACACAAAGAUGAUAAGCCAGACUUUAGUAAUACAGAGAAGAUACCAUGUAUUGUGGAGGUUUCGGAAGGAUACACAUAUAUAUAUAAAGGUCAGGCGACAGAUGCGAGCGUCCUCGGUGAGAUGAUAUUUGGGGCCGUUGCAAUGAACUGCAAAAGUGUAUCAUUAAAAAUUCAUAUUAUGAAUGAUCCGAGACGGUUAAUGUGCACGAAAAUAUUCAGCGUGCCUCCAUCGAGGAUAAGUAGGGUAGAACGUAAGACUGAAGCAAACAAAAGUGGCCAUUUGACUAAUCGUUCGACGCCCCUAAAUGUGCCAUUGUUGAAAGAAGAAGGCGUCUCGUUAAGUUUUUCUUUGGACAGAGGAGAUUCUGGUUUUUAUGGGGAGCAAUCACCCUACAGCAGCGUGGGUUCCACUUAUGAUUAUUUUUCUAUGUUCGACACUUGGGAUGGUAACGCCUCAGAAGAAUAUUGCUUUCGUACGCCAUGUGGACGCAAGCUUAGUAGUUCGAGCAACGGUAGUUGGCAGAGACGGACCUUCCAAAGCAUGGCUACCAGGUUCGAUCUUAGGCAGAGCAAUUCAUUGAGAGUACCUUCAACGGUGUCCAGCGUGGAUUCACAGAUAUAUAGCAAUAGUUCAACCAGCGGCACUACAGACAGCUUAGCAAGUUCCACUUCAGUUGCGCCGAGGAGAGGGAAGCUUGGUCUAGCGCUACUCAUAUCCGUAUCGGAGCCGACUGAUAUGGAUCUAGUUCGUCGGUGCAUGGAACAUUCGCCCCAACUGCAAUCUUUAGUCUGUCGUUUACGAGUGGCGACACUGUCUGCGGGGUCGGGCAACGCGUUUGUAUCAACCCUCCAUAAAGCCGUCGGUGAUGCUGCUAGAUGGUUGUCGAACCUUAUAUACGGGCCGCGGUUACAACCGAUGUGGUUGGAUCUGGUCACGAGUGAACCACGCUUGUCCAACAAGAUGGCGGAUGCGUUGUUAUCUGAUUUAUGUUCAGUUCUCACUGCUGGGGACACGAAGAACACUAAUUUUUUUAUCAGCACCCUUCUUACUUACGUCCUAACACAUCACCUGGGGUGGGUCACUACAGUCAGUCCGUACGACACGAUCGACCCACAAAAGUUUCCAUCAGAGCACAUUGAUACCCGAAGGCCGUAUAACGCGCUAUGGGCACAGUUAACUGACCUAUGCGGUAGUAUCGGCUAUCCUCCUAGAUCCGCCAGAACUAUUAUAGCAGGAUCAAAAAACGUACAAUUCGUAAAUAGACUCUUGGCCGUUCUAACAUACUUUGUACGUUGUGGUGAUGUGAGGAAAAACGACUUCAAGUAUCAAGACUGCUUGCUCGAUGAACCGAAGUUAGUGAAUGUGCAAACUGAGUUGUUUAGAACGAAACGUGAUGUGGAAGUGUGUACAAAUCUGAAUGUGCCAUCGUUCAAUAAAAAUAGUGGCAGUGACAGUACGCUCGCAACCAGCUAUGUUAGUUUAAAAAAAUCAGCUACGUUAAUAGAUUUGAAUCAAAAGCUCUCUAAUUCGGAUUUCGCAAUGGAAAGCGGAAGUAGUGAGAACCAAAGCAAAUUGCGGAGACGCCCUAGUAUGAUGAUGCCGUUGAAGGAUUCGUCGGACUCGAGCCCGAACUUAUCGUCCGAAGAAUGUGAGACAAAAAAGGUCUUGUUUGUACUUGGAGAUGACGAAAAGCUUGUGGGACUAAAGAACAAGUCAAAUGGAGGGAAAAGCGUUAAGAAAUCAUCAAAAAUAUGCAACGAACCGCUUGAUCAAGAGAAAUUAAAUAAAAAAUCGUGUUCCAACGAAUGCGAUAAAGACAAACUGGACAGCCCGUCCAAAUGCUGCGGUCAAACACUUCAACAUUCCAAACCUAUAAAACAUUCCGGUUUUAAGUUCGAGUUCGACAAAUACCCACAGAUAGUCACUAAUUAUAUGAAGAGCAAAAACUUAGAAAUAUUAGAUAGGCAUUACAUAGGGAAGCCGGGGAAUUUGAAGUUAGAUAAUUUUCAAUUCGACCCGACUUUCGUGCCACCAAUCCAAGAAGAGAGAUGUGAAACGUGCUACAAGUGUCAAUUAAUGGAGUCAAUGUUGCAAACCCCUACUAAUGCUUCCGAAAUGGAGUAUAUGAAUGAUAUGCCUAGACAGUCGGAGCCACAAUUCGCACAAGAGACGAUAGUUAAAGAACCUGUGACCCAUCGUGAGUUAUCACCAAAAACGUUUGUUCAUAAACGAAAGGAAAAUACGUUAGUCGUUAACGUUAAAAGUAAAGGUGAAGAUCCGGUGGGAGGGAAUGAUAGUAAUAUGUUGCAAGUGAAACAAGUGAUUGAGUUUCCUCUACGGCAAGUUUCUGCAAGUAAGCUGCAAAGUCAAGUGCGAUCGGGAUAUGAUGCAUCGCUUCUAGGCGGAAUCACAAACCACUAUGUACCUGAUUUAGUUUUACAAGGAACCCUGGCAAGUCCAAGCACGUGGGAGGCGGAUCUUCGACGGGAUUUGGAUCUCACAUCGUACCUGAACAAAACGUUGGACUCGCCAGUGCAGGCGGUCGCUAUAAUCGGCGAUACGAACACAUGGGAGGUGCGUCUCGUGGGGCGCGAGUGCGGGUGCGGCGCGCUGUCCCCGCUGGUCGGCGGCAUGCUGGACGCGCUGCCGGCCAUGCGACACGCGAGAGUGCCUUCUCAUCAGUGUCUUCUAUACUUAGAAAGCAAACUCCGUGAACUCUGCGUGUUGUCAAAAACACUAGCAGAUAUGCUCAUGUCAACCGACUUUUGUGACAUCGCAACACUUACUAAGUCAUUGAAUAUCGACGUCAAUGACGUCCCAUUACUGCUGGCCGUCGCUACAACACACACGCCGCAAGUUGCGACCAGAUAUGGUAUUAGUUAUAGG